GUUUUUUUUUCAUCAUCAUAUAAACCAAGGUAAACAUGUCCUCCUCCAAGAAGAAGAGCAAGUCCGCGGACUCCCUGACUUCCCAGCUCAACCUGGUCAUGAAGUCCGGCAAGUACUCCAUCGGCCACAAGUCCACCGUCAAGACCCUGCGCACUGGUAAGGCCAAGCUCCUGCUCAUCGCCUCCAACUGCCCCCCCCUCCGUCGCUCUGAGCUUGAGUACAUUGCCAUGCUCUCCAAGACCAACGUCCACCACUUCCCCGGCAACAACAUCGAGCUCGGUACCGCUUGCGGUAAGUUCUUCCGCGUCUCCGUCAUGUCCAUCACCGACGCCGGCGACUCCGACAUCAUCCCCAGCUCCAACUAAGCGCGUGCUCCUCUCUGUGUCACGCCUUGUGCUGUGCCAUGGUGACGCUGCUUCCUUGAGUGUGUGAGCCGGCGCCCCCCCCCCCUUCCUCCCUCCCCGCUUCUCCCUCUCCUUCCUUCCUUCCGGCAACGGUCGGUGUCGGGGAGAGAGUCGCGCCUGUGGGAGGAGUGGAGUCCCCUCUCUCUCUCUCUCCCCCUUCUCUCGGGGUAGGGUGUGAAUGGGGCGUCUGUGUUCCCCUUGGUGUGCAUGCAUCUCCCUCGCGCAUGUGGCGCUUCUUUUUCCCCCCUGCCUGUGUGUCCACGCAUGCAGAAAAAUAAAAAAAACGCCGCGCGCGAUGCCUCACCCCCCUUCCGCAUAUUAUUCUAUCCCACUCUUUUUGCUCUCUCCUCUCCUCCGGUCGUGACUUUUGGGGGAGACACUGUAACGUGUGGCAUCACAUGUUGCAAGUCAGAUUCAGGAGUAUGUGUAGGCUUCAUCCCUGCAAUGUAUUCCCAUAUCUUGCGCCUCAGUCUGCGGAUUCGCUCCUUAUGAUAUACCAAAUCCGCC